AAAGACCAUGCACGAGGACCUCAGGUGUUAGGAACUCACAGACGCAUUCCAGCUCCAUGCUGCAGGCUAGGAAGGCUUACUUGAGGCUGCUUAAAUGAGUCGUACUUUUGAUUGGAUUUCAGUUACGAAAGGAGUACAGAACUACAAGACUACGGGACUUCUUCUGUCAUUUGAGCUGAUAAUAAGCUGACAAUACUUUCUUUUCAGGAUCUUGGUGGGAUUGAUUUCUUUCUCAGGCUAUUUAAAACCAAUCCAAAGGAAUGCUUUCCCUAAAAGCAACAUUUCUGCUGCUCCUCCUGGCCUGCCUGGUCCAGCACUUUGUGCAAGCCGAGGGCAGAAAGGGACAACAGGAGGGGAAGGGACGAGGACGGGCAAAGCAUCGGGACACCACCUCCCCAAAGCCCACCUUACAGAACCAUCAUGGAACUGAGAGAAGAUCCAGAGGCUCUGGUGGAAAAGCUGCAUCAAAAGGUCGCUUUUCCACUAAAGAUAAGAUGCGGUGCACCUGGGUGGCCACUGGGGACCGUGCACUUGUCCUCAGCAUCAGCUGCACCAAAGGAAACGAGAGCUUCCACUGUGAGUACACAGCAAACACAGGACUGUGUCCUCAGUACGAGUCUAACUCCGGAACCUUCUGGAAGCAGAUCACUCGUGCGAUGAAGAAGCAGAAGAAACUCUGCCGGGACCCCAAAGCUCUGCUCAAGGCCGGCGUCUGCAAAUCCGCAAGCAAGGAGGCACAUUUCAGCCUUAAGACCCCCGCCCAGGACCAACGCCCACCCCAGUCUGGCAAGAAGGACUGCAAGGGACUCUCAGAUCGAAACAAACUGGCCAGGGAACACUGCAAUAGCUCGUGGUCUUCGGUCUGCACCUUUUUCUUUGCGAUGUUUGAGAAUGAGGAGUGCUGAGUGUGAAUUUUUGUAAGCGGUUCUAGACUUUUUUAAUGUGUAGAAAUUAUGAUUUUACAGUAUAAUCUAUUCAUAUUUUGGAGAACAUUAACAUGUAAUAUAUUCUGUACAUAUAUACAUUGUUACAUAUUUUAUUAGGUAUUUUAGUAAAUUAAGGCACAUUAAGUACACUGUCCAAAAUAUUAAUUGUCCAAAAUAUUAAUGUCUAACACAUACAGCUCUGGAAUAAAAUUAGAGACCACUUAAAAAUACACUGAGUUUCUUUAAUUUUACCAAAUUAAAAAACCUCUGGAAUAUAAUCAGGAUGAAGAUGGAUGAUCACAAGCCAUCAAACCAAACUGAAUUGCUUUAAUUUUUGCACCAGGAGUGGCAUAAAGUAAUCAAAAAGCACUGUGUAAGACUGGUGGAGGAGAACAUGCCAAGAUGCAUGAAAAUUGUGAUCAGAAAACCUGAUUGAGAAACUAAAGUGGUAUCUUAAUUGUUUUACAGAGCUGUAUAUGAUAUUAGUUGUUUUUUUUUACUGUCAAUAAAAUAUGUUUAGACAGUUUAAACCAUCACAGCAGUUUUUAGGUGGCAUCCGGUAAUAGACUGAUUGAGAUAAGAGGAUUUUUUACUUUUGUGUUCCAUUUACUUUGAACGUUCUAAAGACUUUUUGGAGUUUGUCACUACCAGUGUUUCAUGGCAUAUCUGACCAAAAUAUGUUUCAUUUUUUGUCCCAGCUUAUUAUUUUUUAGCACUGUUCCAAGUUAGCAUUCUUAGCAUUGUCCCAGGUUAGCAACUCCAUUUGAUAACAUAGCAUUGUGCAGUAUUUUGCUCAUCCAAACAUUGUGUGUACAGCUGAUUUAUUGAGACACAAAUAGAGAGAAAUGCUAAUGAACUGUAUAAAACUACUGUUUUUACUGCUGUUGAUAUGUGAUGAAGCCAUCUUGGAUUUUAGACUCAGGGUUGGUAGUCUCUCUUGACUUUUGGAAAGUCAGAAAUGGUUAGAUAUUUAACUAAUGCUGUGAACUAGCACAGCCCAGCUAAACUAAGCUAAGCUAAACUUCAACAUUCUGUUGAAAUAGAAGAGCAGGGUGAUGCUGUGAUGAACUUCAGCCUGGUCAAAUGUUUUUAGCAGUUACUUUGCAGAAUUCACACUUCUGAAUUUACACAAAAAACAAAAAAACAAUUGAAAACCAUUUUUGUGAAGCAACCUACAAGUACCUCAUGGACAUUUUCCAAUGGUAAAAUGGUUGAAAUCCAAAUACUUUUUAAAGCCACUGUAUGUGUGAAAAGUAAUAUUGAUGCAUUUAUGAUCGACUGCUUUUUUUCAAGGGAACGUUUUUGUUUUAUAUUAUUAUAUAUAUUGCUGAUCCAAGAUAAUGAUAUGUACUGUAUGAAAUUUGUUUUUGAGAUUUGUAUGAAACAUAUAAGACCUUAUAAAAUGUUAUAGUAACAGUU